UACGCCCAGUUAUUUAUUUUAAAAAAAAAAAAAAAAAAAAAAAAACACCACCCUGUGACUUGUGACUCUUAGAAUAUCACCCCUGCUAGGCUAAAAAUGUCUACCUGAGCUACCCAACCGUAUUUGUGGACAACUCUCGGCUGCAGUUAUCUUGAAUACUGAGUUAAUGUAGGCUCUGGGAAACCAGAGAAACAAUAACCUUGGUAACAGACUGAAAGAAAAAUAGGAAACCAGAGAGCAAUGGCGAUUCCAGCGAAGCUGACUGGCUCUGGCCGGCUGAUACUGCUGUACCUUUCCCUGGAGCUACUACUGGAAGCCAGGGCUGGGAGUAUCCUCUACUCAGUGCCAGAAGAGACUGACAAAGGCUCCUUCGUAGGCGACGUUGCUAAGGACCUGGGGCUGGAGCCCCGCGAGCUGGCGGAGCGCAGAGUCCGCAUCGUCUCCAGAGGUAGGUCGCAGCUUUUCUCUCUGAACCCGCGGAGCGGCAGCCUGGUCACUGCGGGCAGGAUAGACCGCGAGGAGCUCUGUCUUCAGAGCGCGCGGUGCGUAGUGAGUUUUAACAUCCUUGUUGAGGGUGAAAUGAAGCUUUUCCCUAUCGAAGUGGAAAUAAUCGAUAUUAAUGACAACACUCCACAAUUUCAGUUAGAAGAACUGGAAUUUAAAAUGAAUGAAAUAACGACUCCAGGUACCAGAAUCCCUCUGCCUUUUGGCCAAGACUAUGAUGUGGGUAUCAACUCUCUCCAGAGCUACCAGCUCAGCUCCAACCCUCACUUCUUCCUGGAUGUACAACAAGGACCCAAUGGGCCCCAACAACCAGAGAUGGUCCUGCAGAGUCCUCUAGACAGAGAGAAAGAAGCUGCCCACCACCUUGUCCUCACUGCCUCUGAUGGGGGCAACCCAGUCCGUUCAGGGACCCUCCUCAUUCAUGUUCAGGUGGUAGAUGCAAAUGAUAACCCUCCAGCUUUUACUCGGUCAGAAUACCACACGAGUGUCCCUGAGAAUGUUCCAUUGGGCACUCGGCUGCUCGUGGUGAAUGCCACUGACCCGGAUGAGGGAGCCAAUGGUGAAGUAACAUAUUCUUUUCACAAUAUAGACCACAACGUAGCCCGGAUAUUUCAGUUGGAUUCUUACACCGGAGAAAUAGCAAAUAAACAAUCUCUGGAUUUUGAAGAAUACAAAGUUUAUCCAAUGGAAAUUCAAGCUCAAGAUGGUGCUGGGCUCAUGGCCAGAGCUAAAGUGCUGAUCGAAGUUUUGGAUGUUAAUGAUAAUGCCCCAGAAGUAAGCAUCACCUCUGUCACCACUGCAGUCCCAGAAAACUUUCCUCCUGGGGCCAUAAUUGCUCUUAUCAGUGUACAUGAUCAGGACUCUGGAGACAAUGGACGCACCACAUGUUCCAUUCCUGGAAAUAUACCCUUUAAGUUGGAAAAAUUAGUAGAUAAUUUUUACCGCUUAAUAACAGAAAGAACACUGGACAGAGAACAUACCUCUGGGUAUAACAUCACAGUAACAGCAACAGAUCAAGGGACUCUGUCUCUAUCUACCCAAACUCACAUCUCACUGCUAGUGACAGAUAUCAAUGACAACCCCCCAGUUUUUGAACAGGACUCCUACUCUGUCUACAUUCCUGAAAAUAACCCCAGAGGGGCCUCCAUCUUCUCAGUAAAGGCCCAGGAUGCUGACCACCAUGAGAAUGCACAAGUAACUUACUCCCUGGUGGAAGACAUUAUUCAAGGGGUACCCUUGUCUUCUUACUUCUCCAUCAACUCAGACACCGGAGUCCUCUAUGCAUUACAAUCAUUUGACUAUGAGCAGUUUCAAAAUUUGCAGCUAAGAGUGAUGGCUCAUGAUAGCGGGAACCCAAGACUCAGCAGCAAUGUAUCUCUGAGCCUGUUCAUGCUAGAUCAGAAUGACAAUGCCCCAGAGAUCCUGUAUCCGACUUUCCCUACUGAUGGCUCCACUGGUGUGGAACUAGCACCUCGUUCUGCAGAGCCUGGAUACCUAGUGACCAAGGUGGUGGCAGUGGACAGAGACUCAGGACAGAAUGCCUGGCUGUCCUACCGCCUGCUCAAGGCCAGUGAGCCAGGGCUUUUCUUGGUAGGGCUGCACACAGGAGAGGUGCGCACAGCCCGGGCCCUUCUGGACAGAGAUGUACUCAAGCAGAGUCUGGUGGUGGCUGUGCAGGACCAUGGCCAGCCUCCUCUCUCAGCCACUGUAACUCUCACCAUAGCAGUGGCUGAUAGCAUCCCUGAUAUCCUGGCUGACCUGGGCAGCAUCAGAACCCCUGGCAACCCCCAAGAUUUGAACCUUACACUCUAUCUGGUGGUGGCAGUGGCCGCGGUCUCCUGCAUCUUCCUGGUCUUUGUCAUUGUGCUGCUGGUGCUCAAACUGAGGCACUGGCACUCCUCACGCUUGCUCCAGACAGCCACAAAUGGGCUAGCUGGCCUGCAGGCCACAAAUUUGGUAGGGGUUGAUGGGGUGCACGCUUUUCUACAGACCUAUUCCCACGAGAUCUCACUCACUGCAGAUUCUCGAAAGAGCCACCUGAUCUUCCCACAGCCCAACUAUGCAGACACACUCAUCAGCCAGGAGAGCUGUGAGAAAAAGGAGUUUCUGUCCGCACCACAGUUUCUACUUGAAGAUAAAGAGGAAAUAUUUUCUCAGGCCUCGUGCAUGCUAUGCAAGUGCUCUACUAAUUUUAAGAUGGCAUGGUCUGGCCUUAAACUCACUUUGUAACCCACAAUGGCAUUGAAUUUGAAGUCCUCCUACCUUCACCUUCUGGAAUGCUGGAAUCAGAGGCAUCCAGCCACGAUACGGGUGGCCUGCUCUUGUAGAUUGCUAUUGGAAGUCCGGGGAGGAUGUAACACAACUAUAAAUCCAGCACUCUAUCUCAAAAAAGGAUGGAACUCUUUGGAAAGGAGUCUUUAACCACAGUGUGAGUGGUGAGGAUGAAAAUUAAUGUGUAAAGCCCUAUAUUUUUUAGGGAUGAGCACCGCAUUAGAAACAAAGAAAUCUGGUUUCUAUUUCUUGUCUCUGCCCAAAUUGUUUCAUUGUUCUAGCUGACUGUCUUCUCAGAAGAGAGAGGUGAGGAUCAUCUGAACUCGUAAUUUGUAGUUGUAUCAAUACAAAAUGAUAGUAGUUUAUAGGACCUGUGAUUUUUCAUUAUUGACCAUAUUAGUUCUUUCUUUAAUCUAUUAUUUAUGAGAUAUUCUAUGUAUGCUUAAAAUUUAUCUCUUUAAGUAAUAAAGUAUGAAAUUAAGGAAAACAUGAACAGAAAUUUAUCAGGCAACUUGAAACAUAGUUUUGAAGCUUCCCUGCUUUUACAUUAUACAUAUAAUGAAAAUUACAAACAAAAGCAAUUUUUACUCCAUGUUAAUGAGUGUUAACUCUUCAUAAGGGGAACUGUUCUGAGAAAAUAAGUCCAUGCCUUGAUAAACUCACUCUGCUCCAGUAAAUUGCAAUAACACAUAAAAUAUAAAAAGAGAAAAUCAUAAGAACAGUAAAGUAUAAAUAGAAGAUAAACAUCCAAACAGACAUGCAACAGACCAGAAAGUGUAAGCUGGUCUAAAGCUACAUAGACAGGAUUGAAGGCCAGCAAUGGGACAAAACCGCCUCAUUCUAGAUAAGGAGCCUGCAAUAGGUUUACUGUUUGAAUUCAAAGCCACCAAUGAGAACCAUCAGCUACUUAAAAAUCAAGGAGUUGCAUGAAAUCUUCCCUGCUAGUUUCUGUAAUCAUACCUUGUUGCAAGCUGAAGACCAAGAAGGAUAGAUAAACAGAUGUGGUCAACACAAGGUCAGUCAGAUAUGAGCUGUGCUAUCCAGAUUAUCACUGUCACAUAGCAUUUAAUGUGACAUUUAAAAAACCUAGUUAUUGUCUGGGACUUGGGGUUAA